CAACGAGCGUCCACAUUACUGUGCAGCUAGCAGACCUGUGACAUGUCCGGAUUCGAUCGAGGCAGAAUCCAUGUGGUGCCGGUUCUACCACCUGCGGCCCAGACUACGGACGGCGUCGGCAUCGACGGUCAAAAUGUCUUACGGCCUAGCGAGACCAUCAAGCAGUUCAUGGACUUUGUGCUCGGCUUCCGUGUCGGCGAAGGCUGGCUUUACAGAGAUCGACUGCGAGCGAAUCUCCUGACGAAGCAGUAUAUGCUUGAGAUCAACGUCGAAGAUCUCAUCUCGUACAACGAGGAGCUUGCCAACCGUCUGAGAGAGACGCCAGGCGAGAUCCUGCCGCUUUUCGAGGAGGCUCUUCGACGUACCGCACGGCAACUUUGGGCUCCCUUGACGCGCGGCACCGCUGGUGCUCUCCUGGACGAUGCUGCACUCGAUCAGACGCUCGACGUGCAGGGCGGCUUUACCGGCGACGAGCAAGCUGCCCCGCCGGUAGGCAACAACAUUUUAGGCGGCAUAAGUAAAGACGCCGAAACGCCUGCCAUCCAAGUCACUCUGAGGUCGCAGGCCAAUCUGACGCGCUUCAGAGAUCUACAUGCGACGUCCAUCUCUCGGUUGGUCAGAAUCCCAGGCAUCGUCGUCUCUGCUUCGACUUUGGCUUCACGUGCCGAGCGAUUGUCGCUCAUGUGCAAAGGCUGCCGUCACACACACUCAGUGGCCGUGCAAGGUGGCUUCGCUGGCUUCACGCUGCCACGCAGAUGUGCUGCCAUACCCAUGGAAGGCGAAACGAAAGACUGUCCGCUCGACCCUUACGUGAUUGUGCACGAAAAGUGCGCCUUUGUCGACCAGCAAACCAUCAAAUUACAGGAGGCGCCCGACAUGGUACCUGUCGGAGAGCUGCCGCGCCAUCUUCAGAUGACCGCUGAUCGAUAUCUCACCGGCAAAGUCAUUCCUGGCUCUCGCAUCAUUGCUACGGGUGUUUAUUCGACCUUUCAGUCAGCGAAAUCGUCAAAAGCUGCAGGCGCAAUCGCUCUUCGCACGCCAUAUCUACGCAUAGUGGGCCUUGAGAUCGACGCUGACGGUGAAAACGCUGGCUCUCGCAAGACCUUCACGCCUGAGGAGGAGGAAGAAUUCGGUUCUAUGUCGCGACAAGAUGGGUUUUACGAGCGCUUUGCGAGUUCAAUUGCGCCAUCCAUCUAUGGCCAUCUCGACAUCAAAAAGGCCGUACUGUGUCUCCUCAUGGGCGGCAGCAAGAAAAUAUUGCCAGAUGGCAUGCGCUUGCGUGGUGAUAUCAACGUUCUGCUGCUCGGUGACCCCGGUACAGCCAAAUCGCAAUUGCUCAAAUUUGUCGAAAAAGCAUCGCCCAUUUCGGUCUAUACAUCUGGCAAAGGAAGCAGUGCAGCUGGUCUCACCGCAUCUGUUCAGCGAGAUCCCCUGACACGUGAGUUCUUCCUGGAAGGCGGCGCGAUGGUCCUGGCAGACGGCGGAGUCGUCUGCAUUGACGAAUUUGACAAGAUGCGCGACGAAGAUCGGGUUGCGAUUCACGAAGCAAUGGAGCAGCAGACGAUCUCUAUCGCAAAGGCAGGCAUCACAACGAUCCUCAAUUCGCGCACAAGUGUCCUUGCAGCCGCCAAUCCCGUCUUCGGCCGCUAUGAUGACAUGAAGUCGCCUGGAGAGAACAUCGACUUCCAAACUACAAUUCUUUCGCGCUUCGACAUGAUCUUCAUUGUCAAGGACGAGCACAGCGAGGCUCGCGACCGCACUAUCGCCAAGCAUGUCAUGGCACUGCACAUCACCGGCAACGUCCCCGACCAGGCCAUCGGCGAGAUUGACAUUGACAAGAUGAAGCGAUACGUUUCGUAUUGCAAAUCUCGUUGUGCACCGCGAUUGUCAGCAGAAGCAGCCGAGAAGCUGAGUAGCCACUUCGUCGGGCUACGCAAACAGGUCCAGCAAGUCGAACGCGACAACAACGAGCGCUCGUCGAUCCCAAUCACCGUCCGACAGCUCGAAGCGAUCAUCCGCAUUUCCGAAUCGCUCGCAAAGCUAGCGCUCUCGCCUCAGGUCGGCGAACAUCAUGUCGACGAAGCAAUGCGCUUGUUUAAGUACUCGACGAUGGAUGCCGUUCAGGCAGGCAGCAUCGAAGGCAUGACGCGCGGCGAGCUGAUGGAAGAGAUCACAAAGAUCGAAGGCGACAUCAGAAGACGACUGCCAAUCGGCUGGAGCACCUCAUACGCUAGCUUGGUACGCGAAUUCGUGCAGCAGCAAAGCUAUACGCAGCACGCGCUCGAAAGGACACUUUACAUCCUCGAAAAGCGCGAGGUCAUCCGCUUCUCUGGGCAGAAGAAGACUGUACAUCGCAUUGGCGCAUAGCCGAUUUGCGUGAGCUCGAGGGUGUAGAUUGCCAUGUAUUGCAUUGUAAUUGAUGCUGGGCUGCUCAUGAGGCAUCCGCAAGUUUAUCGCAG